CUCAGACAGCCUGCAAUGGAAGUUAAAAAAAAAAAAAAAGCAGCUGACGUGUGUUCAGAGAAACUGAAACAGUAUUUCCCUCUUGCUGGAAACUGAAAGUUACUAUCAACAUGGACGCCAAGCCUCAGAGCAAGAGAAUAGCUUUGGAUAUCAGGGAAUGGGAGCAGACAUUUCAAGAACUGAUCUGUCAGGAGAAACCCCGGGCCAGAUGGACCCUGAAGAUGGAUGGAAGCCUUCGGCCAGACUCUGUGGCCCAGGGGUGGAAGCAAUACCAGCAGAAAGGAUUUGGCAGGUUCUCGUGUUCCUCAUGCCGUCGAAGCUGGGCUUCUGCCCAAGUGAAGAUCCUAUGUCACAUGUACCUGGAGAACCAGAAAUCCCCAGGCAAGGUGCUCAUGCGGAUCUUUGGACAGAGGUGCAAGAAGUGCUCCCGGUCUCAGUUUGAGAAGCCUGAUUUCUCCCCAGAAAGCAGAAAUAGGAUUCUGCAAAACCUGGUGCAGCGUGUUCUGGAGAAAUUCUACAGAAAUGAUUUCAGGAAGGUUUCGGAGUUACCUGUGAUCCCAGAAGUACCUUUGAAUGGGUCCCACGACACGGCCAAUUGUGAAGCAUGCGUUCUGGGCUACUGUAUACUGAACUCAGAAAAUGGCAUGACAGGGCCAGAAAGAUCCUCUGUCUCCUACAUGGAGAUUGGGAGUUCCUCUCCUCACAAUGGUGACCAGUGUGGCCAAAACCGAUCUAGGAACCACUUAGCAGUGGGGAGUCGGUAUUCUGGCGCCCAUAUAGGCUCAGGGCCCAGCCAUGUCACUGCUGGGAUCCAAGUGCCUGGGAAAGGCCCUCAGCCUAAACGGGAGAUGGGCCAGCUGUUCACACCAGGGGCAGAUCGACAGGCUGCACGGGCAACCGGCCCACAGCCCAUCCGAGUAGCAGGAUCACUUCCCCCAGGGUGGACAGAUCCACGGCCCAUUCAAGCAGUAGGCCCACUACCUACAGGGCGUGCACAUUCACAGUCUACACAGGGGAGAGGACCACAGGCCCCCCGGAUGACGUACUCUCAGGCUAUAAGGAGGUCAGGCCAGCAGUCAACACACGAGGCACAAGCCACAGAAGGGGCACAGCUUCAGGCCACAAAGGUGACAGAACCACAGCCCACCAGAGCGACAAUCCCAAGGACCACAUCAGGAUCAGACAGUCAGGCUAAAGGGAUGGCAGGCCCCCCACCACAGAGGUCAAGCUCACGGCCCACACAGGAGGCAAUCCCAAAGGCCACAUCAGGGUCAGACAGUCAGGCUAAAGGGAUGGCAGGCCCCCCACCACAGAGGUCAAGCUCACAGCCCACCAGAGCGACAAUCCCAAGGGCCACAUCAGGAUCAGACAGUCAGGCUAAAGGGAUGACAGGCCCCCCACCACAGAGGUCAAGCUCACGGCCCACACAGGAGGCAAUCCCGAAGGCCACAUCAGAGUCAGACAGUCAGGCUAAAGGGAUGGCAGGCCCCCCACCACAGAGGUCAAGCUCACAGCCUACACGGGAGGCAAUCCCGAAGGUCACAAUAGGGUCAGACAGUCAGGCUAAAGGGAUGGCAGGCCCCCCACCACAGAGGUCAAGCUCACAGCCCACUCGGGAGGCAAUCCCGAAGGCCACAGUAGGGUCAGACAGUCAGGCUAAAGGGAUGGCAGGCCCCCCACCACAGAGGUCAAGCUCACAGCCUGCACAGGAGACAAUCCCGAAGGCCACAUCAGGGUCAGACACUAAGGCUACAAGGAGGGCAGGUCUCCCACUGGGGUCAAGCUCACAGUCCACAUGGCCACAUGUAGGACCUUCAUGUGGAAGUCAAGCUGCCUGGGGCAGGGAGGAGAGGUACUCACCUGGAGGGUCUGUAUCAGACAGCUUUUUCAGAUUACCUCCCUCAAAUGAUCUCCGUAACCAGGAGCAGCUGUUCAGGUGGGGCUAUGUCUGUAUUUUUGCUCUGUUUACCUUUCUGGUGUCUAAAUACUUAUGAGUAGGAUGAUGGGAAAAAAAAAAAAAAAGAGCUGUCUUCUCUUAAUUCCAUGAUAGUCAAUGAACUGGCUGCCAUUUUAAUAUGACAAAAUUUGCUCUGGGACCAAUGCAGGGUCAAGUUUAGAGAAUAACCAAUGGAUCCUGGACCUCCUCUGCAGGUAGUUUAAAACAUGACCCAGGGAAUGCAAAUUGAUUAAGCUACUAUAAAGAAUACUAUGGAGAUUCCUUUUAGAAAACUAAGAAUAAAGCCAUCAUAUGACCCGGUAAUCCCACUAGUGGGCAUAUACCCUUAGGAAACCAUAAUUGAAAAACACACUUGUACCCCAAUGUUCAUUGCAGCAUUAUUUACAAUAACUAGGACAUGGAAGCAACCUAGAUGUCCAUUGACAGAUGAAUGGAUAAA